AUUGCCUCUAUGCUUUGUGCUCAUGGUCCUGAAGUUGAGUGGAGGAUUUGCACAAUAUGGGAAGCUGCUUACGGAUUGAUCCCUUUAAAUUCGUCAGCGGUUGAUCUUCCCGAAAUCAUAGUUGCUUCCCCACUGCAACCUCCGAUCUUGUCAUGGAAUCUAUACAUUCCACUACUCAAAGUACUUGAAUAUCUUCCACGAGGGAGUCCUUCGGAAGCAUGCUUGAUGAAAAUAUUUGUUGCCACCGUGGAAACAAUCCUCAGUAGAACUUUUCCGCCUGAAUCUUCCAGGGACCAUACCAGAAAAGCUAGAUCGAGUUUUACGACAAGAUCAGCGACCAAAAACCUUGCUAUGGCUGAGCUUCGUUCUAUGGUCCAUGCUCUCUUUUUAGAAGCAUGCGCUGGUGUGGAAUUAGCAUCACGCCUACUUUUUGUUGUGUUGACUGUAUGUGUUAGCCAUGAAGCACAGUCUAGUGGUAGCAAGAGACCGAGAAGCGAAUAU